UUGAACCCUGACACUGAGGUUUUAGUUCCAUUGAGAGCAGCCCACAUCAGCACAUCGAGGAGAGACGUCAGAGAGAAACAUCAGACGAAGUGACUUUACGAUGUUCAGCUUGUGAUGACACUGUGCCAGAGCUAUGACAGAUUUCAUCUUUUUUAAGCAGCCUUAAUAAUCAGUUUCAACAAUCAGGCCGAAGAUGCAGAGCAGUUUAUUUCUGCUCACUGUGAUGGGUCAGUGUUUCCUCGUCACUUGUCACCACAUUGAGUACCACCUCAUUGAAGAGGCAAAGACCUGGGAUGAAGCUCAGAGAUAUUGCAAAGAGAAUUACACAGACCUGGCUACAGUGUCUGACAUGACAGACAUGAAGAGACUCCGUGAGAUUGUGAAUACACAGGAAGCGUGGAUCGGGCUUCAGAGUAACCCAGGACAAGCCAACAGGAGGUGGCACUGGUCUUUGCCAGGGACGCAAGGGGUGGCGUUAAGCGAUCUUAAGACUUACUUUCAUAAUAAAGAGCCAAAUGAUCACAAUAAUAAACCUGAAAACUGUGUGCAGAUUCAUAAUAAAAGAUUAAACGAUGCCACCUGUGAUAAAAAAAAUAAAUUUAUAUGCUUCAAUGGAACGGAGGAACCCCCAAAAAGCUUCAAUUGCAUCAAAGAGUCGAUGAACUGGACACAGGCUCAGAAUUACUGCAGAGACAAAUACACAGACCUGGUCAGUGGACUAGAUCAACUAGCUCAUUUAGCUAACUACUCUAAAAGCCAUUGCAGUCCUAAAAGUUGGAUCGGCCUGUUCAGAGACACCUGGAAUUGGUCGGAUGGGAGCAACUCAUCUUUCCGACACUGGAAUCUGGGUUUGCUGAAGGAUGGAGUCAAAAAGGAAUGUGCAACUGUGUUAAAGGGAGAAGGAAAAUGGGACUCUGCUGCCUGUGAUGAAAAAAAACCCUUUGUCUGCUAUGAUGACAAAGUGAUCCUGAUCAACGAAGUAAUGACGUGGGAGGAAGCUGUCAAUUACUGCAGAGAGAACCAUCGUGACUUGGUCUCCAUCACCGACCUUCACCAGCAGAGAUGGGUUGAAGCCAGAGUCAAAGAUGCCUCAACCAACCAUGUUUGGCUGGGAUUGCGCUACACCUGUGUUAUGGAUCUGUGGUUCUGGCUCAAUGACAAUCUGGUCACCUACAAGAAUUGGGCUCACUCAGACGGAGAGUGUGGCGAAUGUUACCAUGCUGCAGCCAUGAACAAAAGUGGAAAAUGGGUCAAAAAGGCUGAUACUGAGAGUUUAAUUUUAUCUGUGCUUUAAAGUAAACACCCAACCUAAUCCCUUUAUAUUUCUGCUGGAUUUUCCUUAAGCAACUAUAACGCUCUCUGUUGUUGCAGUUAAAAGAGUGGUUAUAUAACAAAUAACAAGGAUUUAUGAAAUUAAUAUGGCUUAUUACUUAUUAUUAGCUACACUACAGCUAUACAACUUUUCAAUCUAUCCGCUCAUUCAGAAUCAAGAAAGCUUCUUGUUAAAGUAGUUAAGGUUUCUUGUGUGAAAGUGUGACUCUUUCAGCAUGCCUAUACUGUUUGCUUCUCACAAUGACAAAAUAUUUGACUUUUUUUUUUGUUAAAAUUUGGUGGUGGUUACAUCAUCUAAAGCAAGUGAUUCUCAACUGGUGGGUCUGGACCCAAAAGUGGGUCAUGGAGAUGUUUUCAGUGGGACAUGAAAAAGCCCUUUUUUAAACAUGUUUGUUUUGUUCUGUCAAAUUUGGGUUAAGAUUUUCAUGUACAGCAUAUUUUGUUUUUGUCUUGAUUACAUUUUUCAGUUUUAUGUAGGCUAAAUAGAUGAUUUACUCAUAAUGUAAGCUUUACAGGUUUGUUUGUUGUUUGUUUUUAAAAUGAAAAAUUGCAACUGUCUGUAAAUAAAAUUAAACGAAU